AAAAGUGCGCUAAAUUUGCUGUUCUUGUUACUUUCAUAAUUUUAUUAAGCAAAAGUAGUCGUCAUGGAAGGAAAUAGGGAUACAAAUUUAAACACGUUAAAAGAAAUGUUAUUAGACGAAGAUAGGUUAAUUACAUAUGUAUCCUUAAGUAAGGAGUUAUGUGUCCAUGUCAAUGAGAGUAAAUUAUUACUCAACAAAAUAGUGGAUUUGAUAAAAAAGAAUCACCCUACCAUCAAUCUAUGUGUAAAUUAUAUUAUAUCAGGUUUAACAGAUGACAACAAAGCUUUUACUAAGAUAUGUACUGAUGCUGAGAUCGACGGUAUUAAGAAAUCAUCAAAAUUAAUUUUUUUUCAACACAUAUAUAGUGUUGCCAAAGGUCAGCCUACAGUUGAUAACAUGGCAUACACAGCAAUAAAUAAAAUUGAAGAUUUCCUCUUAUGUACUGGUUUUAUAAGAAGUAACCUGUGCAUUAAGAGAACAGUCAAUGAGAUUGGAAACUUGAAAUCAAGUAGUCAAGAAAUUGCAACACACACAAAACCAGUAAUUCCAGUAAAAAAAGUUAAAGAAGAGAAGGAUACAAAAACAGAGAUUGGGGAGCCCAGUAUUGAUAUAGUGCAAAAAUCUAAACCAGAUCCCACUAUAAAACAAGACAACAUGUCAAAGAAGAUGGAUUCCAGAAAUCACAAUAAGUCUCAGAAGAGUAUUGCAGGGUUUUUCAAUAAAACUGAUGUACAUCAUAAAAAUGACAACUAUAAAAAUGCUAGUAAUGCUAUAAAGAUGGAAAAUGGCAAUAAACCUAAUAUUAGCAUAAAGGUUGAAGAAGUUGAUGUAAAGUAUGAUAUUGAUGUUGAAAUGGAAGAUGUUAAAAAUGAUUACGAAGAAAAAAAUAAUGGAGAAAACAAAUCUAAGAACAAGUCUAUUACAAUUGUGAAAAAGAAUGCAAAGGUUGAUAAGAAGCGAAAACGGUUAUUACAUGUUUCAGAUAGUGAAAGUGAAGAUGAGAAAAAUGAUCCAUUUGCUGAUGAUACAUCUGUUACCAAUAGGGCUAAUGCAGAAUCAGAUGAUGAAAUACCACCCACACCUGCUCUUAAUACCAUUAAAAUUACUUCUGGUAUAGUUAAUCCUAAAAAAAGGAGAAAGAUUGUAGAUAAAACUUAUAUUAAUGAAGAUGGUUAUAUUUUGACAAAGAAAGAAGAGAUUUAUGAAAGCUGCUCAGAAAAUGAGGAAGUAGAUAUAAAGGAAAACAUUCAAAAAGUGAAUGAAAUUUCACCAAAAAAGAAACAAAACAAUAUUGUAUUAAAUAAAAAACCAGAUGUUUCUCCAAAUAACAAAAAGAUAGGAGCGAAGGUUAAUAGGAAAAAAUCAUCACCCCCCCAAAAAGGAAAGCAACAAACAUUGAUGAACUUUUUUAAAAAAGUGUAAUAUUUUGAAUUUACUUACAAAUUAUACAGUCUAUUAGGUGUAUUUGUAAAGGUAUUCAGUAUGAUUAUGUUGUCUAUUUUUUUGUAUUUAAAAGCGAAGACUUGUUUAAUUUUAUACAUGACUGUUUUUUAUUGUAAUAAUUUAAUAGGCAUUAUCAAUAAAUUCUAGAUUGAA